AUGAAAACGUUAAUUGGAUUUGUAUUUCUAUUAGUUCAUUACUGUGCCUAUGAUCUGGAAAUCCGUCUUGAUUACAGCAUAGACGACCUAUACAUCACUUGUAAUACACCUGGAACCAUCGUACGACUGAUGGAUGAGAGAAGAGUACUCGGGUUUGAUGAAUUUGUUGAAGACAACUUCCCAAAUGCAUUAGUGAGUUCAUUUGCAAACAGAUACGCUAUAAACAUAUUCAAUGACUAUCAAAUAGCCUCUGUAUUCAGUAUAAGAGACUAUUUUGAUCAGAAUCAGAAUGACAUCAAGAGACUGCACAGGUAUAUUGAAACCAACAAAACAAAGGUCCACUUAUUUGGCUCAAUAUUAAACUACAGGAUAGUUUCUGACUAUAGACAGAAGUCGUACGAAACACUGGUUAAUAAUGGAAUGUUAGCCGCGAAGGUUCAGUUAGAUCGAACCAGGUUGAACUAUAUUCUGAUCGAGGCAGUGACACGAAUAGGAAGUGAUAUCUAUUUGUUAGAAUUAGAUGAUGGAAUAGGAUCCUAUUUACAUACUCCUUGUUACGUAAUCAAACAUAAUACGACUCUGAAUCAUUCAAUCAAAAUAUGGAACAACACUACCCCAUUUAACGGCAUCGAAAUUAGUAAAGUGAAUAGCAUAAGUGGACAGAAAAUAAAUCUAGAUGAGUACGACAGCAUGGUUGCACACAACUUUCACGUACUAGCCACCGGAUUGAUUGCAGCAACGAAAAUUAUGGAAAUUAAUGCUCUGCAGAUGUUUGUGAACAUCACAGUUGAUGUAGAAAGCUACACCAUAAAAAGAAUGAUACUUGAUGUACUCAGGUUGAAUAGAUUGGAACUGAAUAACUACCUAGAUUUUGGAUACAUACACAAAUUUCUGGAUAGAUUGAUCGAUAUGACUAUCAUGGGAAUUGCUAAAGAAAGAAAGGUUGUUAAACAGCUGCUGUUGAAGCUGUUCACACCCUGCGAAAUAAUUAUGUUUCUAAGAAGCAGUCAAAGUGACACCCAAAACUACGUUGACUGGUGGAAUGUGAAGCACACCAACAUAAACAUGUCUAAAUACAAUGCAGAAUUAUCUUUGCUUUGCAUGGAAAUGGAUGUGAUGAGAAUGAAACAGCCAAGUGAAAGAGAGAUUUUAAUAGGGUUUAGGAGGGUGUUUAAGAAGAAGUUGAAUUUGGAUAAACUGAACUAUUCAUGCGUAGUAGAGAAUGAAGGGCGUCAGAGUAUACCACUAUACGACGAUAGUAUAAAAAUAGUAGAAGACAACAAUAGAAAAAGGACUAUGAUAUACUGUGCUAUUGGAUUCACGUUGAUUGCAGUCUACGUAUUUAUAGUGCUACUCUACAACAUUCUAAUGAGCAGAAAGAAGAACAACAAGAACAAGCCAUAA